AUGGAGGCUUCGGUUGUGCAAAUAGCGCCCCAGGACGGAGCGAUCAAAUGUGGUUGUACGGAGGACCAGUUUUUAAUGCAGCAAGAACUGCUGCAGCAGCAGCAUAUGCUCCAGCAACAACAUCAACUGCUGCUGCAGCACCAGCACCAGCAAGUCUUUCGACAGCAAGUUGAAGUGCGAGAACAGGAACUCCAGCAGGAGCAGGGGCGAGGCAUAUGCAAGCAGCAGCAGGAACAUCGUCAGCAGCCCCAGCAGCCGCAGCAGAAGGGCUAUUCUGCCUGCGGGGGAGAGGAAGGCGUGUUGCCUGCCGGUCCGCUGUUUGUUGAGAAGAUGUCGUUGCUAAUGGAGCAACUGGCGACUUGCGGGGAUGAGCCGUGUCGACGGCCGAGUGUGGCUACACGAUUUGACUCCAUCUGUCCGCCGGCAACAUCGAUUGCUGCAUACAUCCCGCGGCUGUAUCGACACUUCCGUUGUUCGGAGGAGGUGUUCGUCUUUGCCCUCAUUUACCUUGAUCGCGUCAUACGAGCCAACCACAUCAAGAUCAACGCCCUGAAUAUCCACAGACUUGUGCUGGCUGCAAGCGUCGUCGGGGUGAAGUUCGUCGAGGACGUGCGGUACAGCAACAGGUACUAUGCAAGAGUGGGGGGAGUGGGGCUGACUGAGUUGAACCGUUUGGAGUUGGCAUUCCUUAAACUGGUGAAGUUUGACUUGACGGUUUCGAAGGAGGAGUAUGCGGUGUACCGGAGCACAGUCCUCCUCGCCUGCCCCAAGCGGCCCGUCUCAAACGCACUUCCUGCGGAGGCGCAUCAGCAACAGCAGCAACAGCCACAGCAACAUGUGGGUGCGCCUGAUGCAGUGCCUGGUGGUAUAGACUCUUCCAGCCCAGACUGUUGUUCAAAGGUUCAGCGGUCGUCCCUCGACGUAGUAACACCUGCUCUGCAGCAGGUGCAGUCACGUGCACUGGUGCAGCAUCAGCAGCAGCAGCAGGAGCACCAACAGCAGCAGCAGUGCUCUCGGGGUUUAGUGGCGGUUUCAACUGCUUCUACGGUGUCGACGACUCCUGAAGCCGGGCCACCACGUUUGCCAGCAGGGUCGUGCACUGGUGCAGGCACAGUAGCAGCUGCUGCUGUUUCUGGGGGGGCAGCGGCCCCUACUCAGCAGCAGCAGCAAGAAAGGAACAUGGAGUGCUUGCAAAGAACCGAAGUGCUCUCGCAAGAGGGGGCCAUGGUGAGGUCUAAUAUCCAGCAGCAGUGGCAGAGCUGUGGCCAGCAAUACGUAGGCGCAUACGAGCAGCAGCAGCGUCAGGCCCUGCAGCAGACGCGCCUCAUGGUCGAGGCUCAAAUUCAGCAGCAGCAGGCAACACCGAAGCUGCAGAGUCGGUUGUGUAGCCAAGAACGACUCAUGGAACUGCAGCAUCAACACCAUCGCCAGUUGAUACGUGCGCAGCAGCUGCUGUUGCUGCGGGAAUACCACCAACAGCAGCAGUUGCUGCUGGAACAGCAACAGCAGCAGCAGCUGCUGCUUUUGCGGCAGCAACAGCAACUGUUGCUACUUCAAGAGGGGGACGUCAUGAUAAAGGAGGCUGCUAUGUCCCCCAGUAACAGUUUUGCACCCACAUCCCGCUGUAAUAGCAGAGACAGUCUGUCGAUGUGCGGCGGGUUUGGGAUGGAGACGGAGGACAAGAUGACUACAGCAGCUAGCGACGAAGAGUUGCAGCUAGCAAGCCCUAUGAACGGCUUGAGAGACGUGUUGACUGCUGAGGUCCCGUGA